CCAAUAUUUCUCUCCAACAUUCGCAAUGUUACCAACUUCUUCUGAAGAGAACAUGUCACAUAACACGGCAUUAGACGUCAAGAACUACGAUGAUAAAGGCCACGAAAAGCCAGAAUCUGUCGCGAAGGACGCUAAAGUAAUGGAAGUAUGGCAGCAUAUCACAGACUAUACGGAUCUAAAUGCGUGCUAUUCGUCUCCAAGUCAAUGGAAUUUUAGAUUUUUAGAGAUAACUGGACAAAAUUGCGAGACUCACAGGAAUAUUGAAGAAAUCUGUAAAAGAAUUCCUAAGCUUAGGAUUGAAACGAAGACCCGUUAUGUCAAGCCACGAGUUGAGUCGAAGUUACGCAUCGACUUUAAAUACAAACCUCCAAGAAAAGCUACAAAAUCUCUUCCCAAACCACACAAGGAAAAGAUAGUAUCAAUCAAAGUUCUGGUUCCUAAGCCAUCAGAUGAGAAUUUAUCUAGAAAUUGCACUUGUACGUGUGAGAGUCCAGAAGAAAUAGGGAAACGAAAUGACAUUAGGAGAAGCUACGAAGAACAAGAAGAAGAAGAUGAUGAUAUUUCAUUCAAAGAAUUGCUUGAUAUUUUAUUCAAAUAUGAUAAGGAAACACACAAAAAUGGAUCAUCGAAUGUCAUUUGUAAUCUUGUCAAAAGGUUUCAAGGAAAUUCUCUUUUAAAUGAAGACGAAGUUAAGAGGGUGCUAAAGAUGUUAGACUCUAAUAACCACAUUGUACAGGAAUGUUUACUGAUACUGAUCAAUAAGGUGACAAGCACUUCUACGACUGCUAAACUGUUCUUGCAAAACGAUGUUCUUAAUGAUCUAAUAUACCUUAUGUUGAUGGGAUCUACCGAUGACGUUCAACUACAAGCUGCUUGUUGCAUAGCCAAGUUAACCGAACGAGAAGAGUUCUCUGAUUUAUGGAUGGAAGCAAUGGCUAUCUCUGGAACCGAGGCUCUUUUCGAUGUUUUAUCAGCGGAUGAGGAGACUGUGUUCGAGUCUUUACGUAAAGCAAUAUUGGAUGCAGUCAUGAACCUGGCAAAAAACCAGAAGAUGGCUGCAAUGUUAAUAAACGGCUUUGAUUUAACGAAAAUCAUUGACUUGACGCGCUGUAAGACCGACGAAGGCAAAGUAUUUGGGUCUCCUGCAAUUCAGAAAGUGGCUAUGGGAGUUCUCAACAGUCUACUUGCACACAGCUAUGAUAUAGUUGAGCAGUUUAUUUCUAAAUACAGUGAAGCUGUUGAUAGGGUUCUGGACAUCUUGCAGUACAGCUCAUGCUCUCAACAGCAGGAAGCAGCUCGGUUUCUAUCAACGUUAACCUUAUUUCCUCAUGGCAUUGACCCCGUUAUAUCCCAUCAUGCAACAGAGCACCUCCUUUGGGCCAUGACAUGCUCUCAUUGUAGAUUUGUCCGAGAAAACACAAGUAAAGCCUUCAAAAACAUAACGCAACACUCGGACAAGACUAAAGUGCUCAGUGCGCUUGAGCAGUUCUCAAUCGCACAAAUUGAUCAACCAUAUGAUUCAAAUAGAGAACUCGACGCACUCAGAGCUCAACCAACAACAACUAAAAUCAUUAGUGAUUUACAGAAACAUACGUCAUUAUCGAAACUGGAGAAAACCAUGGUAGACAUAUUUUCCGUUCUUAGUAUAAGUUUUCAAACUGACUCGUUACACUUGUGCGGAACAAGUAGAACGUUUACAAACGAUAGUCAAGGUAAAGAUGCCAGAAAUUGUCAGGGAAUAUCGACCAAAGGUGUUAAUGAGCAGUACCUUAGUAGUUUAAGGGUGCUCGUCAAUAUUUUGGUUGCCAUGGCGACGUUAAUUUGUUUGAAAGACAGGGACGAAAGCGAGAAAGAGAUUCCCUGUUCGUUGGGAAAUGGAGCAAAUCUUAGUCUUGCCGCAUUAUUUGUUCAAUGCGGUGGUCUACAGUUUCUCAAUCAACUCCGAUUCCUAACGACCAAACUACAACGUGUAAACCCUCCCAGUUUCCAUGAAAUCGACCCCACAACUUUACCACCAAAGGAAAUAGUAUCUUCAAUCAAAAAUACAAGAUCAGAACUGAUAUUCACUGCUUCCGGCCAAAAGCGAAUACCGAAAAAUCGCUACCCAGAUUUUGGGUUUCAUUCGGCAGAAAUUCAAUUCGUAGGACAAGCUGUCGAAUUCCUUAAUCUUCUGGUGCAAGUAACAACUCAAGAUUUCGAUCCUGUUCAAGAGGAUCUGAACGUAUUUAUUCACAACAGGUCACCCCCUGCACUUUCUAAAAGAAAACAUAUUUCUUUCCUAAGUGCGGCUUUGGUCGUCAGGAGUGUCAUCAGGGUGAAUGGUUCAAUAUCUCCCCGUGGGGGUAAGGAAGGCAACGAUAAUGGCAAUAAGAAAAGAAUAAAACGGCAUAGUUCCAGAUCUCUAAGUAGUCGCACGAGUCAUACAACUAUGGAGAGAAGAUCAACGACUACAAGCCAAGUAACCAAGUCUUCCUCGUCGCCUUCUGUGUUAGAUCCUGGGACGAGCUCAAAGAACGAGAUGAUUCAUUAUGUGAAGCAAAGUCUUUUAGCAGCUAAUGUGGUGUCACUUCUUGCUGUUUGGGUUACCUGUGGUGUCUAUGACAUUCAAAUAGGUGUCAUUAAAGUACUGCGGUACUUGAUGCACACAUACAAUCCACCAAAACGAGUCUGUAAUGACCAGGCUUCACACAAUCAACCUCAGGAAGCUUGGGCCACAAAGACCAAGAAAGCUUCCAAAUCCACGAAACCAAGUCAGCGGUCCUCUCUUACUCAACUAAACAAACCAAAGAACAAGUCCACUCAACUUAGUCACUUGUGUGUACGUCACGUGAUCCAGUACUGUGGGGCUUAUCUCUUGGAUCUUCUUGAGCCUCCAGCAACGAGAAAUUUGGGGAGGUUGUCGUUAAUGGUAAUACGAGAGGCGAUAGUAAAUGGAGAGAAUGAUAGCCGACUCAACUUCGUCAAACUUGGUUGUCUGUCACAAGUUAUUAAUUACAUCCGGGGUACGGAAGAUGAACCAGAAAUCCAAAGUCUCGGUUUGGUUGUACUCCGGAGCCUGGUAUCUAAUAACCAGGCUCUUAAGCAGCUCUUCCUAGCGCACGGAGGUAUGAGCCUCGUUAUGGCACUUUAUGAGUACAAAGAAGGAUUGGUCAAAGAGGAAGCUGCUUGUACGCUGAAGAUGUUUUCCAGAGCAUCUGCCGAUACAGGGAAUAAAACAAAAGGCCCGACGGCUCAUUCUAAGAAGCGUUCUAGAACCCAGACCACCAAUGACGACAUCUGGGAUCACGUGACAAAGAAGUGGGAAGGCCAAGAUAAGGUGGCCAAAGUCUUAACGAAGUUUAACGUCAGAUACUAAAGAAAUACUCCGCACAUAGGUGGGCAAUUUCAAAGAUAUACCGAAUAUCUAAUAAUAAGUCAAUGUCAUAUUUUUAAGUGAAUCACGAGCAACUUUAUAGGAAUAAAUUUUAUUGUUUUUGCGGUAUCAUAGAAUAAUGAA